UUGUCAAGGCCAGGUGUUGUGGAUUCAAGAUGGCGGCCCGCGGAGUAACUGUCAGAGAGUCGAAACAACCAAARGAAAUCUACCAAGAUGCUUUAGAUAACGUAUCGGCUUUCAAUGCCCGCCUUUGUUUUGAACGAAAGAUGAGAGCCCCAUUUCUAGAUGCUCAGACAGGCAUAGCGAUGAACAACUGCCACUUGUGGCUUAGUAGAUUYAUGAGAAGAGAGCCCAAAACGCCACAGUAUGUGUAUACGUAUCCUCCAAGAAGAUGGCGGAAGAGGAAGAGAAUACCUCGUGUUGAGCCYGAGGAGGAAGACACAACACAUGUUGGCGAUGAAGUYGAAGCAAGCCCCUGUCAAGCUGAAGGUGAGAAUGAGCAAACAAGUGACCAARUAGAUACCAUGGCAUCAGAACCUACUAGGGAAGAAUCUAAAGAGGAAGAAUCAUUCAUGUUGGAGACAAGYGACUUGGAAGAUGAAGCAGAAGAGCCAACUCUUGUUUCUGAUGAAGAAGAAUUUGAGUACAAGAGGAAAAGAGGAAGACCUGGCAGGAAGAAAGGCUCCACUGUUUCCUCAAACACUGUGAAAAGCUUCCCUGUGAGUCGCCAUCCAUUUAACCCAACUGGAGGACUGACUGUAAGGAACAUUACCAAAGAAGAACUGGCCAGGAUGAAUCCUGAUGAUCGCAAAAAGCCUUAUGUCUGUGAAAUUUGUGGUAGACGUUACAAGAAUGGGCCCGGUCUUAAAUACCAUUACACUCACUACAACCAUGACCUUGACAACCAAGAGGACUCCCAGUCAUCAGCUCCAUCAACAAUUGUUGAUUCUCCAAAGCCUGCCUCUCCAGGCCUUAAGAUUGUACCACAGCCACGUAGAUUGGAUGGAACCGCYGCAACAACAGCUACUCCUAACAGUUACUGUGAUUUCUGUCUGGGUGAUAAAUAUGAAAACAAGAAGACUGGAAGAUCAGAGGAGCUUCUUUCAUGUGCAGAUUGUGGAAGAUCAGGCCAUCCAUCAUGUUUGCAAUUUACUCCAAGGCUGACCGACAAUGUAAAAAAGUAUCGCUGGCAGUGUAUUGAAUGCAAGUCUUGUAGUCUUUGUGGUACUUCUGAUAAUGAUGAUCAACUCUUAUUUUGUGAUGAUUGYGACAGAGGGUACCAUAUGUAUUGCUUAAAACCACCAAUGGAUGCACCCCCUGAAGGGCACUGGAUGUGCAAUUUAUGCAGAGCUUCAUUGGUUAUCCAGCCAAUUGCUACUGGAAUAACUCAGGCUUAGAAUAUAUUAUUGUAUUAUAUAGUAAAAUAGAAA